AUGGACGUCCUUCUAGACGAAGAAUUAUCAUAUUCUGGUGAUAAUCCCAUAGCACCGUCAGAGCUAUCUGCAAUGGAGAUGGGAGAAGCCUUAGAUAAUACAGAAACGGACGAUGGAUGGCCUGAAUGUGAUUCGAUGGUUGUUCUGAUGGCUCUAAAUGAAGCCUACAUCGAGCUCGUCAGUCAAAUGAUUACAAAAGUAGAGAGAUCAAUAGAAAACAAUUUACUUAAACAGAGAAAUAUUCUCACUAAGCAACAAGCUUUAAGGGAGAGUGAGUUAACUACAAGGAAAAAAGUGCCGGUUCUUCAAUACCUCCCACCCUAUUUUAAAGAUCAUAAUAUGAUGUGCCCUCCAUUAAGUGAGGAAGCUAAGUUGAAAAUGAAAAAUGUUGCCUUCGAUCCAUUAAGCAAAGAGGAAAAAAAAUGGUCGGCAAAUGAAUUGAAGCUCUUACGAUCGGCUGUGAAAGAAUCCAUGCUCACGAAUAAGAUUCAGCCGCUGAAAGACAGACGUGAUCUAUUCGCCCAAAAAAUUACAGAAAGUGGUCAAGAAACAGGCCUUUCUGAAAAGCAAUUCUGGAAGGAUGAAGUUGAAAUGUUGGACAGAAAAAUCGCUUACGAAAGGAGCUUGUCCGAUGAGGAAGUACUGGUCGGAGAUUAUAGUAACGUAGACUGGGUGAAAAUUGCUAAUAGAGAUUUCAACGGAAUCAGAACUCCUGCUUCUGUUCGACUAAAAUGGGUGAAUGAGCAAUGCCCAGCUUAUAACAGUGGACCAUGGGACAAGAAAGAGUUGGAAAAACUGAAAGAGUUGCGAGAAAACAAUUUUGUAUCCUGGGGAGUUGUAGCAGAUAUGUUAGGUACUAAGAGGACCCCGUGGAUGUGUUUUGAAAAGUAUCGAAGUGAUUUAUAUGUGUCUUCAAGAGAGUGGACACAAGAGGAAGAUGAGAAACUCAUAGCUUUAGUAAAUAUAAUGAAAGUGAAUGGAAAGAUUCAAUGGGAUAAAGUAACGUACAACAUGCGAGGUAGGCACCGACAACAAGUGAGGACAAGAUAUCUACGUACCUUGGAUAAAACUGUGAAACACGGUAGAUGGACUGAUCCGGAAGAUCUUCUGUUAAUGUGCGCUGUUAGUAAGUAUGGAGCCAAGGAUUGGCAUAAAAUCGCGAAAAGCGUUCCUGGGCGUACUGAUGUUCAGUGUCGAGACAGGUGGAUAACUGGACUUGAUAAGAGAAAUGCGUGCAAAGAGUGGACGUUAGAGGACGACGAGAAACUUCUUUAUUCUGUUUCGGUGUUUGGUCGUGGGCACUGGGUGAAAUGUUCCCAAAUCUUGAAAAACAGAUUACCUGACCAAUGUCGAUAUCGCUUCCAAACGUUACUCAGUACGAAAAUUAGGCUCUUGUCUUCCAAAAUGAGCGAAGCUUGUUCUAAAUCCCUCUCUGCUCGGUUAUCAUCCACUAGAUUGUACACAAAAAAUUAUGAAUUGAAUAGAAAAUAUCGUCGUUUCAAUGAGAUGGUAAAUGGCGAUGACGAAACGGGUGAUAAACUUAUAGCUGUUAUUGACCAAAAAACAGGACCGAAAGCUAGACCGCGUCCUUUGAGAAAAUAUGAAGACGGGUUUUCGGAGCAGGAACUAAAAGAGUUGCAUAAAAAUCUAGAUGAAAUCAGCGAAAAAUAUAGACGAGGGGAUGUUCCAGACAUCACGAAAAUAGUAGAAAGCAUCCCACUUACUGACGAAGAUGUAUUCAGUAUGAUGAAGCAGUCUAGAUUGUCUUCCCAUUUCCGCCGGGCACAAUCAGUGUUUGUGAAAUCAAGAAAAGCAAGCAUGCGUAAAAUUAGGAAAACACAAUAUCUUCUUGCUGACAAUGUUCCCAUUGAAACAACUUUCGAUGAUAAUGUCAGUGAGGAUGAGCGAGUCAUUCGCUUGACAGAAGCAUUAUGCCAAGCCGUUCGCAAGUAUGACCAGCACCAAUGGAACAUAGACUUUCACAAAAACUUCUCUGACUCAUCCAAAUCUACUUGUGAGGACUUUGUGGAGGCCAAUCUGCCGGUUGCGAAAGCUUCUUCAUUAGAAGCUUACAGAAGUAGGUCGCCCAUACCUGUGGAUUGCACUUACCCUCCCACAUUUUUUUCGAGCAGUACAUGGUUCACGCUGAACACUGUCGUACGACCCAGUCUCACUAGAUCUGCUAGUAAUAUCUUCAGAUCGUGCGAUGCAGAAAUCGACCCUGAGGAUCCUGGUAAGGUUGUCCCCAUCACAGGAAAAAUCUCGCCCAACGACAGGCUCGUCAUCGAAUUAUCUAAAGAAGUAACAGAGAGUGAACAAUAUUUGUCAUUCAAAGCUCUAAUUCGUACGAUCUUCUUGGAGCCAGCUCAAUUUAGUAUGGCCAUAGAUUCACCAAGCGAUGAUGAUAAAGAUGAAUAA